ACAGGUUCUAAGAAUUAUUCAGUCCUGCUACCAGUACAACUAGUUCAGAAAUCAUCCACUUUGGUGUGGGGAAAAUACAGUAUGUGGGAGCUACUCCCACCAAAAGACUCCUAAAGUUUUAUAUCACUUUGUCUCCAAGUCCCAUAAUGGGUCCUCUCAGGACUUCUGAUGUAAUGAUUCUGCCAGUCACUGCUGGCAACUUGUGAUAAAGGGACCAAAGUGAUUAUUCUUCUUCUGGUUCCCCACAUUUAGUUUCAGUGAGAUGUUGAAGAUACUUCAGACUAUAAUUGGUGCUAUCUCAAGGUCAUGAAACAACAGUCCGAACUUUGUACGACUUUGUCAACUGACUUUUUCUCCCCUUUAGGAUCUUGGUGAUGAAGGAGGCCUUAGUCGACAAUUACUGACAUCUGUCCGAUCCAUCAGAUCCUUGGUGUUAAUGCCACGCCAUUGAAUUAACUAAUUAGUGUCCCCAGAUUCUUCUCCUCUGUUGUCACAUGUGAAGACAUUAGAUGAGGACUUGAGGAGCUUGACUGAAGUCUAUUGUUACACUGCUGCUGCUGCUGCACCUGCGCUUCUCUGCAGCCGUACAUGUAAAGUUCACUUCUUCCAAUUACCUGACACUUCUUUGAAUGGAAAACACAGAAAAUGUCACUUGGUGAGUCCUGGAGACGGUGUUUUUGAGGAGCAGCACUUCUAUGGCAGAAAGUGCAUUUAAGCGUUUGCCCAGAGGCGCACACGCUCUCAAACAGACCAAUGAGAUCAUCCGUGUUAUAAAUACCCGCUGCAGGGGGAUCCGGUCCAUAGACCCCAGUUGAGCGACGGUGCUGCUGCUCAGGAGGUGCAACUGUCAACAUGCUGGAGAAGGAGAGAGGAGAAGGAGAAGAUAUGUGACGAUAAGAGCUUCUGCAGUGGGAGAAAUGAAUGUUUCGUUUUAUCUUCUCAUCAGUUUAACUCCGUGGAUCAUCUAUGCAACAACUGGGGGUGUAGGAGCAGAAGGAGAAGAAGCCACAGGAGUCUUACUGAGAGAAAAAGGCGCAGGAGUUGGACGCAGAACCUGCAGACUUUACUGCAGAGUCGGGAUCGGUUUCCAUCUGCAGAUUUAUCCUGAUGGGAAAGUGAACGGAAGUCACGAGGCCAACAGGCUGAGUAUCCUAGAGCUCAUCGCUGUGUCUCAGGGCAUCAUUGGGAUCAGAGGUGUCUACAGUAACAGAUUUUUGGCCAUGAAUAAAAGAGGACGACUACAUGCUACUGAAGUUUUCACAGAUGAAUGUAAAUUCAGAGAACGUUUUCAGGAGAACAGCUUCAACACCUACGCCUCAGUCAUUCACCGGAGCCAACACAACGGACGGGACUGGUUUGUCGCCCUGAACAAGAGAGGCAAAGCUAAGAUGGGCUCCAGCCCAAGGGUCAAAGCCCAGCACAUUUCCACCCACUUCCUCCCUAGGGUGCAUGUUCAUGAAGUGAGGUCCCAGCAUGUUGGUUUUACCUUCACAAACAGAAGCAAAGACAGGAGGAAGCUGAUGACACAGACAUCCAAACCUGCAGUUGUGAAGGCAAACGUUCAUGCAGGCAUGACACAGAGACAGAUACAAGUUAAGUACUGGCCGAAAUACCGGUUUGGAUAACACUGAGAGAGUUAGAGAGUGCUUCACUUGUUGUGAUCUAUGCAGUUUUUCUUUUGUUUUGUUUUUGCACAAUACCAAAAUCUGAAAUAUCUAAGUGGGUAAAAAAGCACACACUUUGUUCCAUUUCAUGUACAUACUGUAUGUACCUAUCUAUUUAAACAGGUAUAUUUUAUGAUGGAUAUUAUUUUAUUUAUUAUAUAUGUAUAUUUAAA